AGUGCCGGUGGAGUCCAUCACAAGUCUUGUUAAUCGCGUGGCUGCCAGCCGAGUGAGGCACUGAGUCUGAAAAUCGUUACGUCUACAACUUUGGGUCCAUGUACGAAACACCUGUCGGUUUAAUGAGUGAGGAACCGUCGCCAGUCUGGAAACGAACCCGUCUGUAGCAGAAACUAUGGCAGAGAGCCUGGACUGCAUUAAAGAGGAGGAGCGUGAAGAGGUCCCUGUCCAGGUAAAGGAGGAGACAAAAGUAAUCCUUGUCUGCGUGAAGGAGGAGUUAAGUGAGGAAUUGGUCUGUGGCAGAGAGGAAGAACAAUCUGUGCACCUGAGAGCAUUCCCUGAUCGGGAAUGUCAUGGUGGUUUGAAGAUGGAGGACUUGAAAUCAGAAGAAUUGGGUCCAGAAGCGAGCAGUCCGGAUAACCUGAGAUCCUCUCCAUGGGCACUGGAUGAGAAGCCGUCGUCUUCUGUCUUCCUUGUGGAAUCCCAACAAAAGAUCCACCUUCCUGUGGCCUCCUUAGACCCUACUGAGGUUUUAAUUAAACCUGGAUCCUUGCUACCAGAUCAAGACAGAGAGUCAAGGGACAGUCAGGAGAAGACCACCAAUCAAGAAGCUGGGAAUAAUCAGUUGGAAACUUAUGAGUGUUCUGAAUGUGGAAAACAGUUUUCAAGGAAGUACAAUCUUAAGCUGCAUCAGUCCAUUCAUACUGGGGAGAAGCCCUAUUGCUGUCCUCAGUGUGGGAAGAGGUUCAGACAAAAAACAUAUCUGCAGAUCCACCAGAAAGUUCACAGUGGAGAAAAGCCAUUCUGCUGCUCUGAUUGUGGAAAGAAGUUUACAGAGGAAAUUAACCUUCGUUUGCACCAGAAAGUCCACUCGGGUCCCAUUCCGUAUCAUUGCGACACCUGCGGGAAGAGUUUCACACAGCACGGUAAAUACAGACGUCACCUUAAGACUCACAAUGGAGAGAAGCCCUAUUGCUGUACUGAAUGUGACAAGUCAUAUGCUGACAAAAAGUCUUUCAAACGACACCAGGAGACUCACAAUGGAGAGAAGUCCCAUGUGUGCACUGAAUGCGGGUCGAGUUUUACCCGAAAGUACCAUCUCGUUCUUCACAAGAGGAUUCACUUAGGAGAGGAGCCGUUCAGCUGUGCUGAAUGCGGAAAGAGAUUCUCGCAUAAAUAUAAGCUCACGAGCCAUCAGCACACUCACAACCGGGAAUAUUCAUGUGUGAAGUGUGGACUGCACUGCAAGGACAAAAUGAAUCUCCUUUUACACCAGAAGGUUCAUGCUGGAGAAAAGCCCUAUUCCUGCACGCUUUGUGGAAUGAGGUUUUCUCAGAAACACAAGCUCACACUGCACAUGCGGAUUCACACUGGAGAGAAGCCAUUUUCCUGUGGCGGAUGUGAAAUGAGGUUUACUUGCAAAAGGUACCUGAAGAUCCAUCAGGUUAUUCACACCGGAGAGAAACCUCACCGCUGUCCGCAAUGCGGGCGGGGUUUCUUUCAGAAGCAUAACCUUAAAUUACACGAGAGAAUCCACACUGGAGUGAAGCCGUACUGCUGCCGAGAGUGCGGAAAGUCCUUUUCACUUAAAAUCUCUCUUCAGCGCCACCAGAUGAUCCACAGCGGGGAGAAACCCUACUGGUGUAGUGAAUGUGGGAAACUCUUCAGACUGAUUGGGAAUUUGCGAGAGCAUCAGAGGGUCCACGCGCAGGGUGCGCCAUACUGCUGCAGCGAGUGUGGGAAGCCUUUUACAAACAAGAAAAAAUUUCAGAAACACCAGACCAUUCACAGAGGGGAAAAACCGUUUGGCUGCUCACAGUGUGGUAAGCGUUUCUCACACAAGCAAAAGCUUCAAUUGCAUGAGAAAAUUCACACGGGCGAGACGCCCUACCACUGCCAAUGGUGUGGGAAGGCCUUUGCAGAUAAAAAAUCCCUUCAGCGCCAUCAGAAAGUUCACGGCAAGGAGGUAUCCCAUUCCUGCGCAGAAUGUGGACAGCAGUUCAGGCGCAUUGGAAAGCUGCGCGAGCAUCAGAAGGAUCACCGAGGUGAAAUGGCCUACUCCUGUACUCACUGUGAAGAAACAUUCUCACACAAGCAUACGUUUCUCCUCCAUCGGAGAACUCACACUGGAGAGAAGUCCUACAGCUGCAGAGAAUGUGGGAAGAGUUACGCAUAUAAAAGUAGCCUUCAGCGCCAUCAGCUGGUGCAUGGCGAAGAGAAGCCUUAUCACUGUACUGAAUGUGGGAAGAGCUACACCCAGAAGUACAAUCUUCAGCUCCACCAGAGAACCCACAGUACACCUGUAACAAGCGUGGAUUCCAGUUUGACUUGAAAUGAGAACGGCCCUUUGACAAAUGGAAAGCCAAAAGGAAGGAAACACCAGGGAUGUUUGUUUGCCAUCACUCCUUCUUAAUAGGGUACCCAAAGUUAAUUACCUCCAUAGCUUCAAUACAAUAACAGCAAUCCUCUGGUUUGAUCGCAAUCUUUGACAUUGCUGUUGAGAAAUUUUCAACCACUCUUUUGUGAUGAACUGCUUUAACUCGGAUAGAUAGAUAGAUGCGAGAGGCACUAUAUAAUAGAGAGUGGUGAUAAUUUUUCCCCAAGGGGAAAAUAAUAGUGGAAGGUUUUUGACUUUGUGUAACUGUAUCUCUCCAAUAGACAGAGCUGUGCACUUGUAAUCUUGUGUUUUGUUUUGAUUGUACUAUCGAAUAAUCCAAUGAUGCCUCAACUUCAUGCCACACAGAUGAUUGGACCUUCUCCUUGAGAUUUUCUGGUUUUCUGGUGAAGUUUGCAAAUCACGGUCCCUUCUAUGAUGGCUAGUCUUCCAAAGCAUCUCCACCCUCUCACAAUGGCUCUUUUUACAGGAAUCCCAGUUUGAUUCGGUCUCACGCUGUCCUUCUGGAAUUCUAUGUGACUUGUUGAAUGACAUUACUGUAUCCUUGGGGUCAUUUUGGCUGGAUUGCUUUUCCAGGUAUCAUUCUCCAAUAUUCUAGAUGUUCUCCAUUUGAGAUAAUAGCUCUCAUUAUAGAGUCCCAGAGCCACAGCAAUAGCUUUGUAACCCUUUCCGAGUUGGGAAGUUGCAACAACAUUUCUUUCCUUUAUCUCUGCUGGAACGUUCUUUGAUUUAGGCCUAGUGUUCUUCUUGAAAG